GAUGCUGCUAUGCCACAAGUGGAGUGUUUGAAAAGAGUGGUGGGUGGGCAGCAAGUGAGGUCAGUCAAUGUGGCCGCAUGGAGACGCUAGCUGUACUCGUCUCGGAGCCGCCGCUUUAUGGGAUAACUUCUCUGGUGCUGAUUAGGAAGAAUAACGACUAUCAGAGAUAUCUCAAUGACUCAUAUACUGUAUACUGUACUCAAGUAGAAUGCCCUAGAAGCCUGGAAAAUACUUCGACUCGUUGGGCAAGUUCCCUGCAUUCCGGUGCGUGGCAGUCUUCGCCCUUCCUGUCGAAUGGGUAAGGGAUUCGGUGAACUCGAGCCGAUUACUCCUCCCUAUCGACUGGACUCCUGCCCUGGGGUGUCACCUGGGGUUUGAUUGUCUGGUUUUCACAUGCUUCCCAGAGGCUGAAUACCUCAUAUCCCUACAAGUAGAGUCAAGGACAGAGAGGCAGAACAGAUGGAAGAUGUACCUGCAGAGGCAACUGGAGGAAGUGGCAUGGAGGAAGUGUGUCAGGUGUUGGAGAGUGUGGAUGAGGAACGUUCAUCAUUGAGCAAUGCCAUUGGCCAUUUGUUGGAGCUGGCACCACAUGUAGACGAUGCUGCUGCUGUUGUGCCCCCAGAGCCACCUGAUCUCUCUCCUGGACUUGCCCACAAGGUAAAUGGUGCUGUUGUACGACGAGUGUCUUAUCCUGGGGCAGCUGGCAAACAUGCAUUGCGGCAACAAGCUCGUAGGCGGCGACGUAACACUUCGAUUGCUGCUGGCAAUUCUCCACCAAUAACUCGCGUUACCAUGAAGACAGUUGCAGCUACAUCUCCUAAUCCUACUUCUCAGUCUGUGCAGCCUUUUAUUGCUUCAUCACCAACAGCUGCCACCACAACCCCCACCACCACCACAACAACCACCACCACUGUUGCUGAUGCCAUCACAACCACUGCAACGACCAUUGCCAUCACUACGACUAUUACUACUCAUGCUGCCCCUGUCUCUCCAACAUUAUCACACAUUUCUGUUAAAUCUCCAACCACUAUCUUAGCAAGCACUCCAUCACCUCCUAUGUGCAGAACAGGCAGCAGAAUGUCCCAUUCUCCUAGCCAGUUUUCUAGCACAAGAUUGAAUAGUAAGGCUUGUUCAUCAAGCAAUCUGCACCCUGUGCUUGGAACAAGAGUGAGUUCUCGAAUAGCCAACAACGCAGCUACUAGUGGAGCUCACCAACACAACUCAAAUUCAUCUGUGCUGAUGACCAUUUCUCAGUCUGGUGCUUAUUCCAACACACACUGCUCAGGCACUCAGGCUUCCAGAGUGGUGCGUGUUCCAGUCUCGCAGUCAUCCCCUUCUGCACGUGAUGCCUCUUCUCCCUCAAUGACUACUAUGCAGACUUAUCUUGCUGCCAUCCCAGGCUUUAAACCUCGCAAAAGGUCUCAGCGCAAGCUGUCAGCAUCAGCCCAGUUGGCACAAACAAAGGAAGGCAAUGUUGAUCUAGAAACUCCAGAUUCCAUUCUUGUUGGCGUCAACCUACGAGCAAUCCUCAAUAAACAUACUUUUGCCUCGCUUCCACCUGCAUAUCAACACAGAUUGAUACAGCUGCUACCAAUGGUGGACCAAUGUGUUGGUCCAGAGGAUACACUCAAAAUUGUUCCCACGGGCCUUAAUAAUGAAUUUUUUGGGCGUGCUUGUGAAUCUUGGCGGUGUCGUCUUGGAGAAGGAGAGUUCACGCAUGACAAUCAGGUCAAAUUAAAGGUUGAGGCUGAGAAGGAACGCACGAAGUUGGACCCCUGGAAGGUUGCUCAUUUUGAGCCGCUGUGGGGUGUGAAACAGCCAUGGUAUGGCACAGAUGGUGGAGAAGGUAGUGUUAGCAGUCCAUCAUCACCAUCGGGGGACACCUACCCAGCAUCUCUUCCAGACUUGUCUCGUGCUUCUCCGGUGUUUACUACCAGUUUUACACCAGCUCAUAUUGAGCAGCUGACCAAGGUUGUUCAGCAUAUUGCCAACCGUGACCAGCGCAGAACUGAGAGAAGGGCCGCCAGAAAAGCACUGAGAGAAAAUAAGUUAAUAGAACUUGACAAUUGCUCUUUGGAAUUAAAGAAUUCUAUAUCGUUUACUCCAAGUUCUUCACCAGUACAUCCUUGCUCAUCUUCCAUACUCCCAUGUUCACCACCACCACUGUCCUGUUCACCAACAGUACUUCAACAUUCAUCACCACCAGUGUUUUCGUGUUCAUCUGUGCUCCCGAGUUCAUCUUCAUUGCAACCUUGUACAUCCUCAGUGCUCCCUACUUCAUUGUGUAUUGUCCCCACAUCUUUGACUGUGACUCAGAGUUCUUUGUCAUUAAUACCUAAUAGAAAUAAUAACUUGAACACAGUGGCCAGUGGCAACCAUACAGUUUUCAAAGUCAGUGACAAGUGUGCUCUGUCAUCUUCAGUUAUGCCCAUAGAUCCAAGUGGAUUUAUGAAAGACGGAGGGAAGAGGAAAGAUGCCCUUCAAGUUCCUACAACUAUACCUACCAAAAAAUUGUGUGUGUCAAGUUCUGAUUUACCAAAUUUUUAUGUUACAAAACAUGGAUCUAUUACACAUCCAUCUCAGAGACUAGCGAGUCACAUUGGCACUCAUAGUGAUAUCCCCCGUUCGCGAGUGACAAUAACUCCAGUAGUGCGGCCCAUUUUGAGUGGUGCAAAGGUGCUCAAUUCCCCGGUCAUUUCUCAGGCAAAACCUGGAAGUUGUGGUAAGCCUGCAGCCAUGGUGGUUGUCAACUCUUCAUCUCAGUCUACUGGUGGACAAUUACCUGCCUCUCCAGCUUCCAGGACAUCUCCAGGGAUGAUAGUGUCUCCUGGCCUGGCACCUUCCCCGUCAAGACUUUCACCCGUGGUGCAAGUUGUUUCGCCUUCAUUACCACUUGCCCCUUCUCCCAGCCCCCCUGUAACCAGAACAGUGAUGGUGGCUGGCCAGGCUCGACCAGUGGAAGUGACUUCGUGUACAACAACUAUAGGGCCGGGGCCUCGAGCCUUCACACAAGCUGUACCUUCCUCCUCCAGCAUGAAUGUGGCCUCCAAAAUUAAAACUGUUAGGACUCUAAAUCAGGGUAUGCCAGGUAGUGGGACCAUGACAGUGAAAGUGACAAAAAGCAGAACUCCAGGAGGCGUCAACAUUCAGAGAUCGUAUGAGAUAGUUCAAGCCGUCAUUGCAAACAGCCCUAAUCGAGACCAGUUACAAGCUCAACUCAAAUCUCCUGCUUCUCUACUGGCAGAAGUGAAGCCUACCAUCAGCAGCCCUGGAGUACCAACAGCAGUGGUAGUCAGCAACAAUAACAACAUAAGCAACAAUAACAGUCAUUUGGUAGUUGAAGCAGCUCCACAGCUUCAGACUAUCACAGUUGUCAAAACUGUAGCUACCAGUAGUAGUAAUAGUAAUAUAGUCACACCAGUAGUGGGAACUCAGCUCUUGACUGGUAGCUCCCGUACUGUGCGACAGUUGGCGCUCUCUGUGGGUGGUACCUCAACAACCAUGACGCACACCCAAGGCGGAGCUGCUGCUGCUGCUACUACUGCUGGAACAGUGGUUCUUCGUCAGAUGGUGACACCUCAUCUUGCCACCUCCCAGGUAUCUGCCUCUUCAGCCUCUAGAACCUCAUCAUUUCUGCUGGAUAAUACACCCUUCUUAGCCUGUGGUGAUGGUGCUAUAAGAGAGAACAAUGCUUUAACAAACAUUGCUGAGGCUAGUGUUAUAGUAUCAGGGCAGAGUGGAUUGAAUAACAGUGGUGCUAGUUGUGGUGGCAUUAGUAGUGCUGGUAGUGAUAGCAACAUUAUGGGGAACUGUGGGGAGAGCUUCGGGCUAAGCAGUCACAGUGGUGAUUCUGGCACAACCAUGGUGGUAGUGUCUCAACCAGCCAGUGGGACCAACAGCAACAGUCGCGUGAUGGUGCUACACCCAGGCAGUGGUGGUCCACUGCUCUUGUCCAUCCCCUCAGAGUCACAGCCACCCAGGACUCAGUCUCUCCCUUUAGGACCCCUUUCUCUUCCAUCUACUCCCAUUAGCCCAUCUCGAGUCUCUCCUCUGGGCAUUGGGACCUCCACCAACUCUCAGUCAACAUCCGAUUUGACUUGUGUUCCAACUUCUGCAGUGUGUUUGUCCAAUUCCCGACCUCUCGUCCUGCAGUCAGAUGGGUGUGAAGGCAGAAUGGCUCCUCCAGCAGUCUCACCACGGCCAAUCACUAUCCUGCGCCCCACCACUGCAGGUAAAUCCAUUGUUGUGAGGAUGCCAGUGUCCAGCGUGCAGGUGGUGAGGCUUGGAAGUCUAGCAAAUUUUAACAGUGACUGUGGUGGCAAUAGUGGUAAUGGCCAGCAGCAGCAACACCCUCCGAGAGCAGCAAGUGCCCCGCCAAAUAAAAGCGGAGUUAUGGUUGCCCUUUCUCCACGACCUUCUAGUGUUGGACCCAGGAUUGUUGUGCAAACAAAUGGUGCCCAGGGCUCGCCUGCCACCAUCCUCACCUCUGCUGGAAGACAUUUUUUAUCCGAAGGUGACCCCAGUUCAGGUGUCAGUAGCUGUGACAGUGACCAUCUUGUCACAACACGGACUGGGGCUUCUAGACCAAGUGAAAGCUCAUCAGAUAGCUCUAACAUUACCCAGAACACUGACCACCCAACCAUUGUCAAUGCCACAAAUACGUCUAUACAGCCCACAAUGAAUGGCAUGGGUAGUUUUGGGCUAAGUGGGGCAAUGUCAAUGAGCUGGAAUCCAUCAGAUGUAUCACAUAAUGUGGCCAGCAGCCACACUGUGAGUCCUCAGCCUCAGCCACACCAUCAACAGUCACUUACUCAACCACCACUUUCACAAACUCCCAACUUGAAUAUGAGAACAAGUAUGCGAAUGAUGAUCAACAAUAUGCAACAUAUGAACAAUAUGCAACAAAUGAAUAGUAUGCAACCUGUGAAUAACAUGCAUCAAAUAAGUGGAGGUGCAGGCAUAAAUGGUAUGGCAGCUGUGAUGGCACCCAUGAACCAAGGUGUAAAUAUGAUGCUACCUCAAGGAAAGAGUGACACUAGUGAGGAGGGUUGCCCUUGCAACAUGAAAGCAAUGAUCAUAUGCAUGAAGUGUGGUGCAUUCUGCCAUCAUGACUGUAUUGGGCCAGCUAGGCUUUGUGUUGCCUGCCUCAUACGUUAGCUUUUUGCAUCCUUCUUGCCACCUGUCUACCAGUUUUUCAACAUAAAACACUUAGUGAUCUUAGGUCAUUUAUAUGAUUGUCAAAAGCUUUACGGAAUAGCAUUUUUAAGUAACGUUUGUAUUGGUUUGCAUUGAGAUGAAGACAAAGAGACGUGACCAAUGUGAUGACUCUCACUCAGGAAGGUUUCUUGACCACCCACAAUAUACACAUUUACUACAAUUUUUAUUGUUAACAUUCUAUGAAUGCUGAAUUAACAUUAUGUAUGUUAACAUGAUACAGAAAGAGUAAUGGUCUAUGUGAAAACUUUGAAUUAAUCGUUGUAAUUAUGCGAGUUGGUUUAUUACCCUCCAACUUCUGAUGAUACUAUAAUACCAGUAUAUAGUACAGUAGUGCUUUUGUUACUGUGUUGGUUUGUGUUCAGCGUUACUUCACCUAAAUACAGGAUACGUCCUCUGAAGAAUUA